AUGAGGCUCGACCUUGUGAAUCACAUGGCCCUCUCAUCCUUGUAUAUCGCCGGCGCCUUUGCUCUCACCAACCCAGCCCCUACCGUCCCUCCCGUCGACAGACGCUCGCAUACAGUCGCCUUCCCCUCCUAUACCCACCCUUCAUCACAUACCGAACAUGCGCGGGAGGACACGGAGACCCAGACAUUAGCCGCUACGGCGACGACACUCGGCUCAGAAGACACGACGGCCUCGGGUUCGGCCACGACCACUCAGUCUUAUAAUCUGGUCACUGUCAGUACACCGAUAGCUCUCGCUGCGACAAUGGGGCUCAUUAUGCCUAAUCCUUGGCGGACGUUAUAUACAGAUCUCGAGUAUAGCUUUGGCUUCAUCGACGCCGUAUCUCAACCCGCACCCACCUAUGGAGGAUGGAUUCGGCAAGUCACGCCUCUGAUGAUACUAUCCAACCACACGGUUGACGUCUUCACUUCGAGUGGGACUGACGAUCCCACGAGUGUGGACGCUAUUCCAAUAGGGAGCGACGGGCUCUGCGGAGCUACCGUUGAAAAGUCGGCGGUGGCAUACAGCUUCAAGUUUGAAGAACCGGGGUGGUACAUGUUUGUUGUCAAUCAGACUUACAUGCAGGCCAACGUAACCAGCAACAACCAAUGCACCCAUCCUAUCCUGCAACAGGAUUCAUUCUUUGCGACUCAGACCUUCUCCAUCUCCCCUCGCCCAACCUGGUCUCAAGGUCCCCUUGCACCUACCAGCGCGUACGCCGUCUGGGCAGCUGUGACCACGUCUACCCCUGGCGAUCUCCCAUACGAUGAGCAACCAAUGUCAAAGAGUCAAAAGCUAGGGGUGGCAUUAGGGGCGGCUGGAGGAGUCUUGGGGGUAGCGUUCAUCGUUGCGGUGCUUUGGUGGGUCAGGAAUAAGAGAAAAAUGGAGUCAGAGACGCUCGCUUUCUCACGCCUCACUCCUCAGGCCCAGGAAGAGUUCCUGCGUGAUAACCCCAAGUCAUUCCUCAAUCCAAAUCACCCUCGCUAUGCGCGCAAUGACGCAUAUGGCGGUGCUCCUGCGCCGCCCGGUACAAUGGCCCACGGACUGUGGUAUAGCCAGCAACUUUGGAACCACCAGGGCAACCCCUCUGCUGUCCGAUCUCUCAUCCCCCACUGUCCGUCGUCUGCCCAAUUGCUCCUCUGCAGCACCACUUGCCUCUCGUCCGACACCUCCCAGCCACAUCCCGUCAUGCGUGCUAGUUUCUUGGUCGCCUUUCUUGCGCUCGUCGCCACUGGCGCCUACUCUGUUCCUCGACCCCAGCUGCAGCCAAUCAACGAAACCAUCAAGGCUACAGAGUGUGCCUGCGCCCAUCCCAACCAAGCGGUCAUAUCGGUUGGUACUGCAGAUUCUCCCGCCGAUUCCGUUCCCACCGGUAUCCCCAUCUCCGAGGUCGACUGUCCCUGCGCGUAUGACACUACCAGCCAAGUCAUCGAUGCUAGCGACUACUCUGCUGAGCCUGCAGUCCGCGCCCUCGACCCAUCUCUCGCCGAGUCUGCUCUGUCUGACCAGCUCACCAGUGGCAAGUCUACCGACGGCACCAGUGCUUCAGACGCUGCUGCGCCAGGUGCUGGACAGAGCGCGGAUGUGGAAUCCUUGAAGAAGGCGGGUCUCGCUCUCCUGGCCUCCAAGUACGGAAGCAUGCUGCCAUCCGCCACUCCUACAGCUGCUGCUGCCAAUCUUGGGCGGGGCGGCGCUUUGCCUAGUGGGCAGAACAUCGACAUGGAAGCUUUGAAGAAAGCUGGACUUGCCCUUCUCGCAUCCAAGUAUGGUAGCAUGCUGCCAUCCGCCGCCCUUCCUUCCGCUCGAAACGUCCCUAGUGCCGCUACUUCCUUCGCCCAAGACUUUGUUGACAAGUACAACGAGAUUUCUGCCGGUGCAGUCGACGUCUGGCGUUCAGAGAACUCUCGCGGGUAUGUCUCGGAGCUUGCCGACGACAUCCUCAACAAGACUGCGGUCACUGGCAAACAUGUCUUGGAAGGCGCAUCUCAUGUCCUGAACAAGACUGCCUCUCUCACCGAGAACACCGUCGAUAAAGCACUGUCUCUUCCCAGCGAGGAGCUCAAGCUUCUUGGCGCCCCUUCUGUUGCCUAUCCGGCUACUCCUCUCCAAGGCACAGAGACUGAUCAGCUUGAUUCCCGAUUCGUGGAUGAGAUCCUCAAUGAGGCGGCCUCUUUUACUGGUGAGGUGGUUGACAAGGCGGCUUCUUUUCCUGCCGAGGAGCUCAAGCUCUUGAAGACUUCCGAAAGAGGUUUGGGUGUCAUCGUGAACGUGUCUGCAGAGCUGAGGGACAGUGACGGGGAAGCUGGAGACGCCGACGACGAGGAGCAGAGUGACGACGAUACUUUCAACGCGGUCGGCCAGAAGUUUCCUAUCUACCCUCCCCCUGGGUCUUGGAACUAG